AGGCAUGACCUGCUGUGUCAGAGGGAUAGAGAAGAAGAAAGAGCAGAAGAGACAGAGAAAGAGAACCUGCUGACAUGCUUUGUCGACUGAUUGGAAUGGUUCUACAUUUGGAUGAGCAACGUUCAUUCAGCCCUCGCCCAUGGUCUUCCAUGAUCGGGAUAUGUGCAAUCACAGUUUUUCUCAAUGCAGCUGGCAGCAUGGGGAUGCAGCUGACCUCUACUGGUCCUCAGACCGUCCAGAGGGCCCAGGGGGAGAGAAUGACCCUGGUGUGUACAUACACACCUGACCCCUCGGACACUGGAGAGCUGGAUAUUGAGUGGUCAGUGGUCAGCCCAGAUACCACCCAGAAGGACCAACUGAUUUUUCAAAUGUUUGGACUUCUUCAGCUGUUGUCCUAUGCAGGUGGGAAUAAGUACAUCCAUGGUAACCCUGGUCUAACUAAGGGGCUGGACUUUGCUGCUGGUGACCCUUCCCUGGGUGAUGCGUCCCUCUCCAUCGCGUUCCUGUCACCAGCCCAUUCUGCCACCUACCAGUGUAAAGUCAAGAAGUCACCGGGAGUGGACAUGCAGAAAGUGUCCCUGGUCGUGAUGGUGCGUCCUUCGGUGCCUAAAUGCUGGGUGGAGGGUGGGGAGGCAGUGGGGGAGACUGUCUCCCUGCACUGCAAGUCAUCCGAGGGGUCCUCUCCCCUCAACUACGCAUGGAAGAGAGAAGGAGGAGGUCCCAUCCCACCCUCAGCCACACAGAACCGUGUGACUGGGGAGUUGUUGAUCAGCAAUCACUCUCAGAGCUUUGUGGGGAUUUACAUGUGUGAGGUGACCAAUGCUGUGGGGGACGAGAGGUGCAGAGUCAAACUGACAGCUAACAAACCCCCUAACAGAGCAGGAGUGAUAGUGGGUACUGUGGUGGGUUGUCUACUGCUCAUCAUCAUUCUGGCGAUACUCAUAUGGCUCCUCAUCUACAAGUGUGAUGCAAGGUUCACACGCUAUGAGAAGGAAGUGUCUAACGAUAUCAGGGAGGACGUCCCAGCCCCAGAGAGCCGGCCACACAGCCGAGGCAGCAGCCGGGGCGCAAGCCUCCACCCUGGGGUAGCCUACAGCCAGGUGGGAAUGCAACAGACGGGGCACUCAGAUCGAGGACACACACACAUCCCAUCCAGCAGCACUGGAUACACACCUGUCAAAUAUGACAGCAGAUACGGCUUCGCUGUGUGAUCGGAGAGAAAGAUGAUAACAAUCGUGUUUUGCAGGGUGAAAUUAGGUACAUUCCCUAUUGUGACUUUGAAAAGCAUUUCAUCAGUGGGUUUUAAUCAUAUAAAAUACCAUGAUAAUUAAUUUGAAAUGAAUACUGUUGAUAGAUGUUGCUUUGGCAUUGGAAUAAGAUAACAAGCUAAUACUACAAAGGAAGCAGAACACACAGAGUUCUUUAUUCUCCAAAUCAUAUCAAAGCCACAGUCUACGAUUUCCAGUGAAUCAUUUUCAUGUAAUAAAAUAUACCAUUUGAUUUAGCAGAAUAUUAUAAUACCUCAAUGAGAUUGGAUAACAUUACCUUAUCAUAAAUAAAAAAACAAGUACCUAUUA